AUGGCAAAGUAUGUUGGAAACUUGGAAAACACAGUAACAGAAGAUUUAUUAUUAGCAUUAUUCACACAAAUUGGGCCAUGUAAAGGAUGUAAGAUUAUUCAUGAGGUAAGAAGUCUAUUAAACCAUGCGUUUCUCUCAGAAUUUAAUGAGCAUCAAACAGCAGCUCAUGCUCUGCUGGCGAUGAACAAACGAUUAUGUAUGGGAAAAGAUGCGGAAACAGCCAUUGCAAGUAUGAAUGGACAAUGGCUUGGUACAAGAAAAAUUCGAACAAAUUGGGCAACAAGAAAAGCGCAAGCUGGUCAUGAUGGACAACGAUAUAGAGAAGCUCCAAAUCAGUCAUACAAUAAUGAAUAUUCUCAAAAACUCGAUUAUAAUGAGGUGUGGCAAAGAACAGGUGAAGCAAAUAGUACUGUUUAUUUUGGAGGCAUUAAUGAUGUAAACGAGGAACUUGUACGUAAUAUUUUUCAUUCGUAUGGCCAAAUUCAAGAGAUUCGCGUAUUUAAAGAAAAAGGAUAUGCAUUCGUAAAAUUUUUUUCAAAAGAUUCAGCGUGUCAAGCUAUUUGCAAUGUUCAUGGGAUGGAUAUUAAUGGUUAUACAGCUAAAUGCGGCUGGGGACGUGAUGAUGGUUCUAUGGGUCCCGCUGGAAACAACAGCCAGGAUUUCUCGCUGCCAUCGAUGAAUUCUCAAAUGCAGCAUAUGUCUCAGAAUCUUUAUCAAUCUUCAUCGAAUGAUUCAAUGAUGUCAAAUUCUCUUAAUCAGGGACAAUAUGGCUACUCACCUAAUUAUACGCAACAGUAUAUGCAAAAUCAGCAACCAUCUUGGAAUAUGCAGUCGACAACAUCAAAUAUACGACCAUCCACAUCUUUUUGGGAAUGUAUUCCGAAUUCAAAUAACGGUGCAACGCCAUGGAACAUGUCGCAAUCAUCUUAUCCAAAUCAACUACCGCAAUAUCCAAAACCAACAGCCACAAAUUCAGGUUGGGCACCACAGAGUUGA